AUGAACAACUACGAAUAUUCGUCGUAUUCAUCAUCGACAGCUCCAACUACUGCUGCUUUCGAUGCAACUAAAGCUAUUUUCAAUCAAGUCGAUCUCAAUCAAGACGGUACUAUUGAUCGACACGAAUUUCAACAUUGGAUUGGUGCUGAUGUUGGUGCUGAUGGACAAUAUAGUAGUGGUGUUAGUGUUGGUGUUGGUGUUGGUGUUGGUGUUGGUGGAGCAGGUGCUAAUUUUGAAUCAGCUACAUACGAAUCAUCAAAUAUUUCAUCAUUAGGAGGUGGUGGUGGAUCUUAUUCUGUUGAAGGUGGAUUUGGUGAUUCAUCAUUCGAAUCAUCAAGUUUGACAUCAUCUACUGGUAUUGAUGCUGGUGGUACUCUUAUUGGUGGACCAACAUUUCAAUCAUCAUCAUUUAAAUCACCAAUAACUAAUAAUGGUUAUGAUGAUACAGGAAUAAAUCAAGCUGAUAGUUAUACAGAUGAAAGUAAUUCUACUUGGUCAAAAUAUGGUGCAGAAGUAAAAGGUGCUGGACUCUAUUUUGAUACCAAUCCACAAAUAAUACAUCGACCAGCUAUAGGGGGUGUUCAAACUUACACACAAAACAUAAAAUUGCGCUUUCUUCAACCACCACCUAUUCCACCACCAGGACCACUUAUAAUAAAAGAAGUACGACCAGGUCAACCACCUGUUCCAUCACCUCUUCGAAUAAAACAACAAUCCCCGCCUCUUCCCCAACCUCCUCCACUUAUUCUUCGUGAACGUCCACCACAACCACCAGCUUCACAAUCUGCUCAAACAAUUAUCCGAAAUCUUCCUGCUUUACCUGUACCACCUCGAUCAGUUAUUAUCGAACGUAUUCCAUCAGAUCCACCUCGACCACGUGAUAUUAUUAUUGAACGUUGGAUUCCUUAUGGAGUUGAUGGUAAACGAAAGACAAUUGUUCAACGUGCUCAAUCAGUUAAAGAAUAUCCUAAACCACGUAAUAUUAUAAUUCAAUAUGAACCAGUUCAAGUUCGGAUUGUUCGACAAUUUCAACGUUUGGAUGUUGUUCAAGAAAAUCCUCAAGUUUAUGUUCAACGUUAUGGAUCACAAUUACUUGAUGGUCAAUCACUUAUUCAACAAGCUCGUGCUGCUGGUGUUGUUGAAGAUAUAUCUCCACCAGCUGGUACUUCUGCAGCUACAAUUAGUUUAUCAUCAUUUAAUCAAGAAUCAUCAUUAGGUGAUAAUGGUUUUACUGGAGCUGAUUUAAUUGGUGUUUCUGGUGGAGCAUUUCGAGAAACUUCAUCAUCAUUCUCACCUGGAUCUUUUCAAAGUUCACAAAUCGUUGGAACAGGUUUGAUUAAUGGAGCUUUCGAAAGUGGUCUAGUUGAAGGAGCUGGAGCUGCUGGUAAUGUCUAUGGUUCAUCGACAUACGAAUCUUCAUUAUAUUCAUUGGGUAGAGGAGGAGGAGGAGGAGGAGGAGGAGGAAGAGGAGGUGUAGAUGUUGGUCUUAGUGGUGGUUUAACUGGUGGAUAUACAUCAUCAUCAUCAUCAUUAUAUGAAUCAUCAGGAGGAACUGUUGGUCAUGUUCCGUUUGAUGUAGCUGCUGCUGCUUUCAACAUAAUUGAUAAAAACAAGGAUGGUAUUGUUGAUCCUCAAGAAUUUAAACAAUUCUACGAAGCUGGUUUAUAA